GAGCCUUCUCUUCUACUUGACAUUUGUGCAACGCAUGAGAGUGGUACACAAGUAGCUCUGAGUUGGAGAAAAGGAAUCACCCAAGAGGGAGAAAGGGGAAAUGGGCGAAAGGACAACUUUUACGCGCCUCUUGUUAGGGUUUCUACUCUGCACCUCAGGUGCCUGCUGCCCCAUCGAGUUGAGCCCACCCAGAGUGGUGGUGCGAUACGGAGACCCCGUGUCGAUCAACUGUAGCACAUCCGACCCCAUGUACAAAGGAAUGGGUUGGGAAGCUCCGCUAGGCGGCACGGGCCUGAAGCUUGUGCGCCAUUUGACUUGGAGCGUGGACAAACUCACUACUUGGAACAUCUCGCCGACGUGCUUCCUCAGCCACCGGGCAAAAAGCGGACGAGUGCAGUGCUCCAAUAAGCCAAUUGUGGUUGUUUACACAUCUCCACAAAACAUCUCCAUCCAAGCCAACAGUUCUGUUGUAAAACACGGAGAGGCCAUUAAAGUGGAAUGUGUCGUCAACAAUAUAGCGCCGAUUGAAAGCGUCACUGUGCGCUGGUACAACGGCGAAAAAGUCAUCAUGGAAAGACGCCCAGAGUUUUCCAGGAAAGGACUCGUCAAUCUUGUUUUGGGCUACACCUAUCAAUAUUCCCAGUCGUUUUCGGAAAUGCAGCAGUUUGUCCGGCUCAGAUGUGAGGUGGUGAUGGACCUGACACCCGAGGGACCGUAUCUCGAUUUCCUUUCACCCGAGUUCAAUGUCACUGUUGAACUUGAAAUCAUUUUUGUUCUUCCCUUUUUAGAUAACUUUGAAGACAUAGAGUUAAUUUGUCCAAAUAACUACACGGUGGUGGAGUACGCUCCUCACGACCUCAACCUCUCCUGUUAUGUGGAAGGCGGCUCUUCCGAACCUCUGAUAACUUGGUACAAAGACGGAGAGCAGGUGGAGUUAUCGGAGACGCUGACAAGAUUCGACGCGGGGCAAUACGUCGUGGUUGCCGCGUUGUUUUCAAACACGGUCAACGCCACAGUGGACCUCAAUGUUGUAUAUCCGCCCUCACCGAUAGAAGAGCUGGAGGCCGUUGAAGUUGAGCUUGGCUCCGAAGUGUAUCUCAAGUGCUCCAGCAGAGGCAACCCGCGACCCGAGUACUCCUGGACCGCACCCACUUUUCAAAACGUAGUUCAGGUUAAUGAAGAUGGCAUUUCCCGUCUGCUGAUCGAAAAUAUGGCUUCAAACCACACAGGCGACUACAAGUGCCACGCCACUAACGAAAGAGGGACUGUCGGGAAAAAAGUCACUGUGAGUGUGAAAGAGUGCGAGCCCGGUUGGUUUCGAUGUGCAAAUGGCGCCUGCAUCUUGUCUCAUCGGAUGUGUGAUGGAGAGGACCACUGCGGUGAUGGCAGCGACGAACUACUCUGUGGUGAGCACCACCAAUGCCCCAUUAGGAUACACCCGGAGAACCUGGUGCUCCAAUACAAGGGCGAAAGUCAGAACGCCACGUGCAUGUUCACCAGAUCCAGGAAGUCCCGAGCUAUAGCCUGGCACGAGCGGGACCCCGUCCACCUCAACAAAACAACUUGGACUCCGGACACCCACACCGACUGGGACCCUGCUCCUCGUUGCACCGCCUUCUUCCAGGGGCAGAAAAUUUGCCAGAAGCCUCUGAAAUUCACCCUCUAUAAAAUGCCGGACAGCGUCGCCGUCCGUCCAGUCAACGAGGAGAUCUUUUUUGAAGGCCGGCCGUGCCAGUUGCAUUGUGACAUCACCAACGUGGCUCCCGCACAAAGCCUCGUUGUGCGCUGGUAUCAAGGCAAUCGAAGCAUUGAGCCGUCAUUCAGAGAGCCUCUACAAUUGGCCGACUGCCUGCAAGAUUCAAACACGUCGUGUGAACCGGGCGUCACCAGAAUGCCAGUGAACGUGUCCGCCAGCGCCAGCUUCCUUUUGAACCGAACGCAUCAUGACGCAGCUUUAAGUUGCGAGGCUCUAUUAGAGCUCGGACCGGCUGGACCGAGGCUGUCACCCUCCGUCAAGUCACGAGCUGUCAGCUUGAGCGUCCACUACAAGCCGAUCAUCAACACCGCAAAGCUCCCCAGAGUCGUCCCGCUGUUCCGAGGUUACCCCGAGGAGCUGGUGUGCGAAGCUGACGGUCAGCCGCCUCCCGUCAUCUACUGGUCAAAUACCCAAGGCAAAAACUCUUUGGCGGGGGGAGGCAACAUCACAGUCUUGGAAGCGGGCCGCUACGUCUGCAUGGCCGUCAAUUCCCUGGCUUCGGUCACGUACGAGGUUGAAGUGGUCCCAAAAGAGGACUACCUGCCUCUCAUCGCCGGAUUUGUGGCGGCCACGGUGGUGAUCAUCUCGGCCAUUUUCCUCUUCAUCUACUCCAUCUACUACAAGAACACCAAGAUGCGCCGCUACAGCCUGAAGAACCCCAAACUCAGCGGCCACAACGCCAACGUGGCCCACAACGGCUGGGACUUGCAGUUCCCCAUGACCAAGUUGUCGUGACCGACGAGCCGUCUGCCGACUGACUAACAGUCAUGUCUUCUUCCAGAUUUGACUCUUCAUCAGAUCCUUUUAAAGACUCUGGCUUGCGCUGUACCCGUAAGUAUUUAAUACUUCACUGGACGGGGAGGUGGCAAAAAAAGGAGACCACAUAAGCUGGAUUUUGAAUGUUUGAUAAGCACAAAAAGGGAGUUUGUUGCAUAUAAUUCUGAAAAUGGAAGUGCACUACUUUUUCUUUACUAAUCAGCUGUGCUUGAUUUGUGAAAAAUGAUGUGACGUGUGUCUAUCACUGAGCCUUUUGCCCUUUGGCCGUGCCUGCCGUUAGUCACUGUGCACUUCUGUAGCCUCACUUUCUCUCUUUUUGUCUGUAUUGAGGUCAGAUGCUUUUCUAUGAAUGAAUGAAUUGCCCUUAAUGUUAUAUUAAAUAGUUUAUAUUCUGUUAAAACUUUGAAUUUUAAGAGUGAACAAACACUGCAUUGUGGAUGUGAAUAUGGUGUCUACACUUGUGAAAUUUGUUGUACAUAUUUAUAACUGAAGAUUUUUAUUGGUGUUAUUAAAUGUGCCUUUCCGGUGAA